AGGUGUAAAGUUCCACGUUAAAAUAGUUUUUGUCAUUCGAUAACCUCCAUCUUUAAGAAUCAUUUUUGAUUCGCUUUCGUAGGAUGAAGAUUAUUAUUUUCCGCAAGUGGUGGUUAAUCGAUCGAUAAUCGCAGAAGCUAUCAUCGACCAUGUGAUCAAUCGAUAACGUAGUUUUCGAGAACGCGGCAACGUGCAUACUGUGCGGGGUAAAACGAGACUCGUGAAAAGUUUGGUUAUUGUUUUAGACGCGGUUCUAUUAACGAUUUACUCUUAAUAUAUUAUUCGAAAGUCGCACGUGACUAUUCUCUAAUACGUCUAUUGGUCGAUUGAUUCGAUUGUGCGACGACGAGGCGGUCGAUAGGCAUCCUCAGAAAUUCCGCUAGUGAGGUACGUUAAAGAAGCAACGUUCAACGCGUAGUGGCGGGUCGGACAAGUAUUUUUUUUUUUUCUGUUCAUUCAAAAAUCAAGCAUUCCUCGAAAGUGAGGUUCGAUGGCGUCUGAUACUAGCCCCGCUAUUCAAGAUAAUCUUCAAGAUUUUUCGAAACAAAACAAGACGCAGUUCCUGCAAAAUACAGGAUAUACCUUUGACCAGCCUUUCCAUGCAAACGUCCCAUUGUGCGUCGCCAGGUUAACGGAGCAAGGAUCUUCAAUUCGAUUCUUUGAAAAGUGUUCGCGUGAAUGCGGUAUUCCUCGGAAGGAUGCGCGGUCUAUUGCCAAAAUCUACAGUGAAUUAGGAUCGUCCUUUCGUCGAGCCAGUUCCUUAAGGAUACCAAAGUCAUCGAAUUCGAGCAACGCCGAUCGUAAUCGAUUACACGUGUCAUCUUACGAUGGUAAGACAUCACCAUCCGCUUCAUGGUCGUCCGAAAAAUCGAAUGCUACGCCAGUCCGGCCCGCCAGGCAUUCCGCACCUGCGAUCGACGCACCUGCGCCGGAAUAUCUCGCCAGAAAUCUUCUGCAACUUGGCUGCCCGGCUGUGUCAAUGCCCACACCUCGUGGAGGAGUAGGAUCCGAGCCUCCGCAGAGUAGCGACAGCGAUGAAUACCCGACGACACAUAGCCAUCAUCAACAGCAAGCAGGUCAUGGUCAUGGGCAGGGAUAUGGUCAAGGACAGGUGGACGUUUACAACUUGCCCAAAGUCCAGGUGUCGGGACCGCCUAGCAACGAUGAAUCCUCUUCCAUCAUCAAUGGGUCUGCGGGGUCCAUAGGAGCACGAUCUGCGCCCAGUACGCCUCUUCAAGUAGCUCCUGGAGCGCAACAAGCUGGCCAACAGCCGAUUACCAGCAGCUCUCAGCUUACAGUGGCAGCUGCGAGUAAUCCUCAGCCUCCGAAGAGUCCGAGCCACGCGGCCUUGAGAUGUAACGGCAGUCAACUUUCGAAACCGCUCAGCAGAAGUACACCAUCAAUGGCAGCUGGUAGCGUCGUGCAGACCCCAGGAAAAGUAAGCAGAUCUUCGUCCACUUCCUCGCCAACCACUACCAGCAGUGCGAGACAGAAGAAAUUCCACAGGCAUUUCUCUCAGGUUGCUGCGGAUGAACGAGUAUUAAAUUACUACAGCUGUGCGCUGGUAGGCGACAUACUGCUGCAAGGCUACCUGUACAUCACGCCAAACUAUUUCGCCUUCUACAGCAACGUGUUUGGAUACGUGACGAAGCUGCUAAUACCGACAGCAUCGGUGCUGAAGAUCAGCAAGGAGAAGACAGCUAGGAUCAUUCCAAAUGCGGUGGCAAUCGCUACCGAAGAGGAGAGGCACGUUUUCUGUUCCCUUUUGUCCAGAGACUCGACAUUCAAGUUGAUGAAACAGGUUUGGGACGCUGCUAUAGAGCCACAACCAUCGCCUGUUAUUCUACCGCUUACGAGUGAAACGAAACUACUCGCUCCGGACGCGUUGGUCGUCGAUGACUCCGAGGUGAACCCUGAGGAAGAUGAUUCGAGCAUGUCCGAAAGCGGGACGGAUCUUAAUUCCAGACCACCGACCGUUUGCACCGAUACUGAUGGUGUUGUACCACCAGCUAUUACUAGGGCCAGUUUAACAGCACCUAUAAUACUUGAACCAACACCAGUACCGUUGCUUCCAACCAGGUCCAGCAAAUCCAAAGUUCUAUCGUCCUUGUUCACGGGUGGACUGAAAACUAGCACAGUGAUUACCAUUCUGAUAGCUCUCUUAGCAGCUCUCUACGUGUCGGCGGCUUUGAUGAUGAUACGCAUCGACAGGCUGCACACGGCUUAUCUGAACCAUCCGCUCGUCUCGCCGGAACGUUUCACGCAGGAUCGACUUUUGCAUUAUCUUAAUACAAACCUUGAUCAAAUAGUAAAGGUGCGACAAAGUCUGCAGACAUUGUCACAGCAGUUCGUGUCGAUGAGCCAAAGCAGUGAAACGGGCCCGAGUGUAUCCGGUGGCACGGUGGAACCGGAAGACGCUCCGAGUUAGCCCCCGACCAGGCUAAAUAAUUUAAUACAACCGGAUGAUACGAGUCUCCGUCGCCUCGUAUGAAUGUGUCGUUGUCUUUCGUGGUCUACGUCGAGUAUUUGGCAAACGAAACCCAAUUCGAUCGACUGAUUGACCAUUGUAGCUUCGACGGUCCUUAAUUAGGCAUUAUUAACAUUAGUACCUAGUACUGUUCGAGGUUGCAUACGCAUGUAUAGGCAAAUUCAUAAAGAAAAAAAAAAAAAGAAAAAUGACACAAAACAAGUAAAACUGAAAAACAGGAUCGUUAAUGAUCAUAUCCUAGAUAAUGAGCCAUGCGUGACUCGAUUCGACUUUCAGUCGUAUUUGCAAAUUAAUCAAGAGGCUUCAAAGUAACAGAGAACGCCGUGUAUAGGAUACACGUACGAACCUAUUAGCUGUAUGUCGUGUAUGACGGUGUAAAUUGAGAAAAACGCAAAGAAAAUUAUUCGUACGCCCAUGAAGCGAACGAAGAGAUUUUCGUUUUUAAACUAGUCACUUAUUAAUAAUAUAUACCCUGCAUACGACAAGAGUAUAAUGAACAAAGUGGUAUAUAUAUAUAUAAAAUAAAUAAUAUAAAGAAAAAAGCUAUAUAUAUAUAUAUAUACAUAUAUAUAUAUACAAUAGAAUAAUGCAUAUUUCGCGAUUACUUGUUGAUUAUUAUGUAUUUUGAGCUAGUUGGAGCACUAUCUUUUUAAACCGGAUACAGCUUGCAAAGAGUUACAUCAUAGAAUUAAAAACGGGGUUACAAUUGUACAGUUAUCGCGACGAAGAAAUACUACGAAAUACACACGAGCUUUUGUGCGGUGUUACGAUCGUUUGGGAUUAUACAAAUUUCGUCGACAAACAUCGAAUACCGCGCCUUUUAAACGAGAUAUAACAAAACAAAAAGUUGCAUUUCCCGCGCACACUGGUGUUCCUACAAAAUUUGUCAGAAAGGAAAUGAAAAGAUAUCAUCUCUGUUUCUUUUCUUAUCGAUUUUUGUUACCUUUUUGUUCUUGUUAAUUUUUACACUUGAGACGAGUCGAUUGUUGCGAAAAGUGCUCGCGAAAUAUUCCAUUUACUUGAACGUUGUUUCGAUACGGUUGCACGCAACGUUCUUCUGUGCGAAACAAGGAAACGUUUGGACAAAGCGUUAUAUUAUAUUUAUGGGAUACGGGAGAAACGGGAGACUUGACUGUGAUAGUAGGAUCGAGGACGCAUUUUGUUAAAGUAAAAGAAAAAAAAAAGAAAAUAAUUAUAAACACGACCGCGUUUAUCAGGUUGUACCAUUCAGAGAAGACUGGUUAUCACGAUCGGACCAAAAAAGAAAUGACUUUAUGAAACGUAAACGCGGUCGUAUUUGAAAGAUCACGUGAGGAUCUAUGAGAAGUGCUGUUACAUUAUUUAGCUAAUAUUUAUAAACGAAAAUAUGCACGGUACGUCAAGUGAAAUUCACUGAAAUAUUGUUUUCAGUACGAUUAUUAAAUAUGUGAUCGCAUACAUAUAUAUUAAUCUAAUUAUUUUAAACUAUAACUUUUACUAUUAUAUGCUUCUUGCGGUCGAGAUGGUCGAGGAACAAUAAUAUGUGUUCGAAAUUUGUAACGAAAACAAAAAGAAGUUAUAAGAAAUGGGGGAUACACUUUUAUUGAAGGUAAAAAUUUAGUAAGAUAUUCUAAUUUAUUUUUUAUGGAUUUAUGUUUUAGAGGUUUUUAUAUGUUUUAUCUUUACGUUAAUUGGAUUUCUGAACUUAUAAUAGUUGACGAUAUGCCUUUUAGUGCGUGGGGUAAGUCGUUGGAGAGUGAGAGGAGAGAGAAGAAGAGGAGAUAAACUUGUGCCUGGCGUGUGCCAUAUGAAAGAAAAUCGGCUACAUUCUGACAUAGAAAAUGAGAAAAGGAAAGCGAUAAUUGAAAUGUGAGAGUAUGUAUGAAAUAAACAAAAGUAUCAGGAUAUGUUCGCUGUGUACAUUCUCAUCGAGCCUUGGUUUUGUAUCUUCCUACUAGGUGAAAACGUCUGUGAACGUUGAAAAUUGAAACACCGCUUUUCUAACGAGUAACUCGAAUCAUUCAAAUGAAAUAUGCUGUUCAAACUGGAUGAAAAUUGCCACUUAGACAUUCGAAAAAUGAUUUAGAUGAAAAUUCAACGUAACAGCCAAUGAUUUGUGCCAAAUUUUGGACCCCAUUGAAUAUUUCUUUGAAAAAACCAUGAUAUCUGCUUACUAUCAGAUUACUAAUAAUUGAGAGCGAUUCGAUUGAAAAAUUUCUAUGACACAGAGAGGCGAUAAUUAUCCAGUUAAUCAAACUCGGCGUUGUUUUGUAAAAUGGUCUAAGCGGAAACGAAUCCAUACAGGUACGAUGAUUUUCUUUUCGCGUUUUUGUACGAAUACCGUUUGCCUUACUGUAACGUUUCUAAGCACGUUAGACAGAUGCUCAACGUACGAUCCAUUUAUCUUAGAACGUAUCCAUGUAUAGCAACUCUUCAUUUGUACUUGUUGAAUCGAAUUUCUAGCUAUACUUUCUUUUGCAAUCCGAUGCCAUUAGCUUCGAUACAAAAUUGAUUGAUCGGUAUUGAAUGAUUUUACAAAUAAUGGACCAAGUGAUCCACUUUCGGUAUGUUUAAUUUUAAAAACAAAUGAAAAAUUGUUUACUUUUUAUUCUGUAAUUGCAGAGUAAACUUUGCCCAUUAUAAUCAAUGUUUCUUCUUUGAUUAUCCAAAUUUUAAAUAACAAAUUGGCACAAAUAAAAUACUUGUUGCUAGAAUGAUGUUCAACUGUUUCUUAUUUGUUGUCAAUAUCAAAUGAUGAUUUCUUACAUCUUAAAGAUUCAGUCAAAUGUUGUAUGAUUUAGAUUACGUUUAAUGGACCUUAAGUUAAGCUGUACAUAUUAUAAUAUGCGUAUGUUUCUGUUGGUUUUUUAUGUUUCUUAUUGUAAGCAAUGUUAUUGUUACGUUCAAUAUCAAAAUAUUACGGAACAACUUGAUAAUUA